GGAGGCGCAAUUGGUUGACUGUGUCAAGUUGUUCGGUAUGGCGAGGCUGGUGAGCACAGCUGCUUGUCCAUCCGUUCUCCGAUUCCCGAGUGACGUCCCUCGUAUUAUAGAUUGCUGGUUCGAUAUUGAUAUUGUGAUUCAUGAAUGGAUAGAUAAUAAAUCAUCCUUCUCAUUAAUGGAUGAUACUUUGUUAUAGCAUCGGGUAGUUUGUUUUUAUGGAUCGAAGACAUUCGCCUUUCUGUUUCUCACAGCUUAUAUCCGCCGCGCAGUAUAUCGAAAAAGCACGGAAUGUUCCGGAUACUUGCCUCAUUAGUGAUGAAAGUAGUGGCGAUUCAUUUGUGACUAAAGGAGUAUUAGGACAAAGUACGACAUGUUCCAUCGCGUCAACGUCAUCGUUGGGAUGUUUGUCAGAUCGAAGUUCAUCAAUCCCAUCGCCACGACAUUUUCAGACACCUCCGCCAGAUAGCAGGCGACAUCGGCCAUAUCCUUCCGUAAGCAGCGCACGUCAUAGCAGAGCCGCUCACAAUGAACUGGAAAAGACACGUCGUGCUAACCUUCGUGGAUAUUUGGAUAACUUGAAGGAUAUCGUUCCUUCUAGUUCUGACAAUGCCCGCAAUACAACCCUCUCUUUAUUAACUCGUGCUAGAGAUUAUAUUGUGGAAUUGGAUGAACUUGUAAAAAGCGCGGAGGAGCGGAGGCGGCAAUUAGAAAAACGUCAUUUGGCUUUGCAACUCAUGCUGGAAGGAUUGCACCCUGAAAAGAUGCUAACACAGGAAUCUCGUUCUGGAAGUGCAAGUACCAUUUCAGCAGUUGACGAUAACGAUUAUAGUACAUUGUCAUCAUCUGCCUCUUCUUCUUCUUCACUGACAUUGUCAGACAACACAUCGUGCUUAGAUUUUUGUUCCAAAUUGUCAGUUUCAUCUAGUAACUCUUCAUUGGUUAGUUCUCCUAUUCAUCCAUAUCCUCCAUUUGAUCCAUAUCUGAAUGGACUGCUUCCAGCAUUACCAUUGUGUUAUCCCCGCAUUUCUAUGUAUCCUUACCUCGAUGUGCAACCCCUGUGAUUAUACGACAUCUUCACCUUCCCUAUUCCUACUGCUGCUUUUGCUGAUCUUAGAUGGACUAUAUCUGAAUUUUGAAGUAGGGAAGAAUUUGGUGAUAUUUAAUGAAAAUUCGAAUUCAAUAAAUUCGUUAUAGUGAACCACAACUGAGACAG